CAGCGGACAGAAGGGCGCUCAGGGCGCAGCCCGGCCGGGCCUCUCCAGCGAGGUUGUACCUUCAUCCCGCAUCCGGCCGUCGCCACACGCGGGCCGGCGGUGCAGAGAGACGAGCUCAUUCCUGGACGUGGAAGCCGCGCGUGGGUGCGAGCGGCGAUUGGCAGGGUCCACCGGAGAGCACUUUUGAGGAGGGCUGCCCCCCCCCACCCCGAACGCGGCGUCGGCUUGGCCCCAGUCACGUUGCCAGGCGCGCGGUUGCCAGGCGACCCCGGGCUGUUUACCGUCGGGCGGGGAGCGCUGGGGCGCUGGGCUCGCUGCGCGCUUGCCGCACCCACCAUGGCCUCACGCGGCGCGGGCACCCUGCUGACCGAGUUCAAUGCCGCCUACGUGCACCCCGGCCUCAUGCCCGGGUACCAAGGCCACGUCCCCAGUGUGGCCUUCUCCUUCGGCUCCCCCUACGGCACCGCCACCCUCAAGUACUUCCAGGACCAACGCAAUGCAGCCCUGGAGAAGAGCCAAUCUCCGUUCAGCAGAGGCGGCCACUUCCCUACCCUCUUCUCCUCCAACCCUGACCUGGUGCUGAGCAAGCGUCCCCACAUCCGGGACCGCUGGCUGCACACCCCCGUCUACACCCGCUUCAACCUGGAUAGUGACCGCUCCGCCCAGCUCAUGGGGUUCUACCAGACGGCACAGCAGCAUCGGAAAUACUACCUAGACAAGACGGGCAUGGUGCCCCGGGUGCCCUACUUCGUGCUGCCUGUGAAGGAGUGGGAACGGUACCCCCUCCCCACCGACUUUCCUCCUCUGACCCCAGAGAAGAAGUGGCACCUUUUAAGAGUCUCCCCUGAGAACCUGAAGACCUACCAGACGUUCCCCUCGGGGAAGAGGGUCUCCCCACACGAGCGGCAGAAGAGAGAUCGCUACUUUGAGUUCAGAGCGUGAUGCCUGAGAGCCUGGCUCUGACCAGGUUGGCUUUUUGGAAUAAAAUCUUUAGCCAUGACCAAACCAUGGUCUUCUCAUCUGAGCUCCAGGAACAUUUGGCCACAGCACGGACACGCCUGAGGGUCACACAGCACUGAGUCUUAAGGGCUGUG